AUGGCGCCAGCAAUAGCUCCCCGGAGCAUCAGCUCUUCCGGCCAGCACAUGCGAUACUUCUCACGCUCCGUAUCCUCAGCAAUUACCUCCCUGUCAAGCUCCAAAGAUACCAAAAUGAUUUCGAAAACACCCGUCGCAUCUCUUUUCGCCCUCAUCCUUCGCGAGGCCCUCCAAUUCACGAAACAGGGCCUCCUGUCCUCGCCCUCCCGCCGCAAACUGGUCCAACCCGUCUUCCUCGACCCCCACUCACCCUCUCUCGAGAUCUCGUCCCACCCGCUCUCUAAGCGCCAGGUCCAAAUCCUCGCUAUCCCAACCACCUACGCAGGCCUGAACUCCGGUCCCCAACCUGGGGCACUGGUGGGCAUCGUUGUCGGCUCGAUCACCGGCUUUAUACUAAUCCUGUACAUUAUACUAUCGCUGUUCCGUCUACGAGGUGGCAGCGGCCAAGUGGUCGAAGAGAAGGUCAUCCGUCAUUCGCAUCGCCGACGCCCCUCACGGAGCGCUUCACGCACAUCUCGGAGUGCGAGCCGCGUGAUAUCCGCAGCGAGCUCUCCACGAAGGGAACGGAUCGUGAGAGAAGAGGAAACAGUCAUCGUGGAGGAACACGUCGAUCCGCCCAGUAUCGUGGACGAUGAUAUCGUUGAGGUCAUUGAGGAGCAUUCCCCUGAGAGGCGGCCGCCCAGGAAACCUAGUGGGAGGAGCGGGUAUCGGACGGUGGAUCCAGCAGAGUUUGGCGGUGGAGGAGCGCCGAUGAGGAAACUUGGACGGCGGCGAUAG